AGAAGAGACAGUCACUGCACAGAGGAGAGAGAAGAGACAGUGACUGCACAGAGGAGAGAGAAGAGACAGUUACUGCACAGAGGAGAGAGAAGAGACUGUCACUGCACAGGGGAGAGAGAAGAGACAGUGACUGCACAGAGGAGAGAGAAGAGACAGUCACUGCACAGGGGAGAGAGAAGAGACAGUCACUGCACAGGGGAGAGAGAAGAGACAGUCACUGCACAGGGGAGAGAGAAGAGACAGUGACUGCACAGAGGAGAGAGAAGAGACAGUCACUGCACAGAGGAGAGAGAAGAGACAGUCACUGCACAGGGGAGAGAGAAGAGACAGUCACUGCCCAGGGGAGAGAGAAGAGACAGUCACUGCACAGAGGAGAGAGAAGAGACAGUGACUGCACAGGGGAGAGAGAAGAGACAGUCACUGCACAGAGGAGAGAGAAGAGACAGUCACUGCACAGAGGAGAGAGAAGAGACAGUCACUGCACAGAGGAGAGAGAAGAGACAGUCACUGCACAGGGGAGAGAGAAGAGACAGUGACUUCACAGAGGAGAGAGAAGAGACAGUCACUGCACAGAGGAGAGAGAAGAGACAGUCACUGCACAGAGGAGAGAGAAGAGACAGUGACUGCACAGAGGAGAGAGAAGAGACAGUCACUGCACAGGGGAGAGAGAAGAGACAGUCCCUGCACAGAGGAGAGAGAAGAGACAGUCACUGCACAGAGGAGAGAGAAGAGACAGUCACUGCACAGAGGAGAGAGAAGAGACAGUGACUGCACAGAGGAGAGAGAAGAGACAGUCACUGCACAGAGGAGAGAGAAGAGACAGUGACCACAGUCUGGGGAGAGCGGCCGCAGGGAGGAGAGCUCAGCAGCACCGAGAGUGACAGAGAGACCGUCACUACACACCUGGGGAGACAUGUGGAGAGACAGCACCGAGUGACCAGGACUAAAGUGCCCCCCAUAGGUUCCCUCCAGCGAUCAGAGGUGGCGUCUGCGACAAAGGGACAUUGUGCGCCGAUCCGCUCCGACAGCGACGACAGCGACAGCAGCGAUAGCAGCGACAGCAGCGACAGCGACAGCGACAGGGACAGGGACAGCAUGCUCACCGAGCCCGACGCUCCGCCGGAGUUUGAGAGGAUAUAGACGGCAAUAAGGUGGUCUCUUCAUUUGCCCCUCAAAACUCAGCUACCUCACCCCAGAAGGCAGAUGAAGGAGGGCGGCAAAGCGGCGAAAUCUUGUCAAACGCUGCUUUGGGGACCCCCGAGAGGCGUAAAGGUAGCUUGGCGGACGUGGUGGACACGCUGAAGCAGCGGAAAAUGGAGGAGCUGAUCAAGAGCGAACCGGAAGGGACUCCGGAGAGCCUGGCAGAGAAGGAGCGUCAGCUCAUGGGGAUGAUAAACCAGCUCACCAGCCUGCGAGAACAGCUGCUGGCAGCGCACGACGAACAGAAGAAACUCGCCGCUUCGCAGAUCGAGAAACAGCGACAGCAGAUGGAACUAGCCAAACAACAGCAAGAACAGAUCGCACGACAACAGCAGCAGCUCCUGCAGCAACAGCAUAAGAUUAACCUGCUCCAGCAGCAAAUACAGGUCCAGGGUCAGCUGCCCCCCCUUAUGAUCCCCGUGUUCCCCCCAGACCAGAGGACGUUAGCGGCCGCAGCAGCCGCCCAGCAGGGCUUCCUCAUCCCUCCUGGAUUCAGCUAUAAAGCCGGAUGCAGUGACCCCUACCCCCUACAGCUGAUCCCCACCACAAUGGCAGCUGCCGCAACGCCGGGCCUGGGGCCCCUACAGCUACAGCAGUUUUACGCGGCGCAGCUCGCUGCCAUGCAGGUGUCUCCAGGGAACAAGAUGCCAGGGAUGCCGCAGGGGAAUCUCGCUGCCGUGUCCCCCUCCAGCCUGAAUGCCGAGAAGAAUACGAGCAGCCCGCCCCCCAAAUCCAAGGAGGACUUGGCGCAGCCGCUGAACCUCUCCGCCAAACCCAAGAUGUCAGACAGGAAAUCUCCGGCGUCGCCCACCUCUCCGCACAUCCCCACCUCCAGGAUGAGCAGUGGAAACAGUUCAUACAAACCGUCCGUCUCCUCCACGCUCACCAGCCCGCCCGUCAGAGUCAGUUCUAUAGAUAUCCUCUCCUCCAUCACCUCGACCGGAUACCUGAACGACCACGACGCGGUGACCAAGGCGAUCCAGGAGGCGCGACAAAUGAAGGAGCAGCUGAGGCGCGAGCAGCAGGCGCUGGAUGGGAAAGUGUCCAUGGUGAACAGCCUGGGCCUGAACAACUGCCGGACCGAGAAGGAUAAAGCCUCGCUGGAUUGUCUGUCACAGCAGCUCGCCGCGCGGCAGAACGAUGACGGCAAACUGGGGCACACCAUGAUGGACUUCAACCUGAGCGGAGACUCUGAUGGUGAGAGAAGUGCCGGAGUGUCCGAGUCCAGGAUAUACCGGGAGACGCGCGGACGUGGAAGCGCCGAGCCGCAUAUUAAACGGCCGAUGAACGCCUUCAUGGUGUGGGCGAAAGACGAGCGCAGGAAAAUCCUCCAGGCCUUCCCCGACAUGCAUAACUCCAACAUCAGCAAGAUAUUAGGUUCCCGCUGGAAAGCCAUGACCAAUCUGGAGAAGCAGCCGUACUACGAGGAGCAGGCCCGCCUCAGCAAGCAGCACCUGGAGAAGUAUCCGGACUACAAGUACAAGCCACGACCAAAGCGAACCUGCCUGGUGGACGGCAAGAAGCUGCGGAUCGGGGAGUAUAAAGCCAUAAUGAGGAGUCGGCGACAGGAGAUGAGGCAGUACUUUAAUGUGGGCCAACAAGCACAGAUCCCGAUCACCACGUCGGGUGUAGUCUACCCCGGUGCCAUAGCUAUGGCGGGCAUGCCCUCCCCUCACUUACCCUCUGAACAUUCGAGUGUGUCGAGUAGCCCCGAGCCGGGCAUGCAGGUCAUCCAGAGCACUUACAGCUUAAAAGGGGAGGAGCCGCACAUCAAGGAGGAGGUGCCGGCCGACGACAUUAACGGUGAAAUAUUUGACGAUUACGAUGAGGAGGACGAUCCAGACGUGGACUAUGGCAGCGACAGCGAACAUCACAGCGCGGAGCAAACCAACUGAUACACGGGGGGGGAACGUGAACUUCUGUGGACUUCUCAAAGCCCAACCCCCCUGGAUCAGCGGCGCCCCGGCGACUAAUACACUGACUGUUACUUUAAACUGUUCUCUACCACAAGCUGGGACUUCGACCCACAAUCCGCUCACCAGACUGGUCGGAACGGGAACGAAACGCGUGACAGCGACAUUUCCACCAAAAGAAUGGGAUAAGCUAUGGGUAAAUUACAUGCCAGUAAAUCAGCUGCUUAGCACUGACGUCUUACCCGUCAAACUUUUAAUUUUUUUUUUGUUUUUUUUUUUAAUAUAAAAAAAAAAAGAGAGAGAGAGACAAAAACUUUAAAAAAAAGAAAAAAAAUUAAAAAAAAAAACAAAAGAAAAACUUUAUGGCUGUUUGUUCGAAAAUGUUCUAGAAAAUUCUCACUCAGGUACACAGUGCCAACAAGUGGCUUGUGAAUGUGUUUUGUCGUUUUGUGCUAAAGUUUAAGGAACAAUAAGAUUUUUUUUGUGUUUUAUUUUACAUUUUUAAGAUUUUUUUUUAUGUUUUUAUUUUUAUUUUAAGUAAUGCACCUAACAAAAAAGAUGCUCCUGGCCGACUCCUCCCCCUUCCCUUUAUAUCUCAGUGUUGUGGGCGGAUCCCGAGGACUGCCAGCACCGUGUGUGGACCCCCGACCCCCGACCUGUUGCAUAUCAUUGUUUUUGUUUUUUUAUUCUGUAUUUUUCUAGCAAAGUGCCAAAUUUGUGCUGAAUAUUCUGAUGUUUUCGGUCCGUCUGACCCUAGGACAGUGUUACGUCUUACAAGGACGGGAAGAGCGAAAUGUUUCUUAUUUUAUUUUGUGUUUAUUUUUUGAACAGAAACUGUAGUCGCGGUUCUCAGGUGAGAGACACAAAAAAAAAAAAAAAAUACACAAAAUGUCCGGAGACGCCACGUAUGGAGCGGGCGUCCCCACGGGAUCUGAUCCCUUUAUCCUGCUCGGCAACGAGACUUUAAGAAGCCUUUAAGGAAUAUUUGCACUUCAAAGAUUUAGCAAAAGAAAAGACGGGAAGAAUUAAAAAAAAAAAAAUUACAUUUUUGAAAAAAGUAAAAAAAAACAAAAAACAAAAUAGGAUGUUUUAAAAUGUUAAAAUAAAAAAAAUAAAAAAUAAACUUUUUAUAGAAAUAUAUUAACUCUUAAAUAUAAAAUCAAAUUUGGCCACAAUUUUAUUAUUUUUUUUUUUUUUUUUGGGGGGGGGAGGGCUGGGGGUUUGUUUCGAGCUUCAUAUAAAAUAAAGGAAUAUAUAAAUAUAUAUAUAUAUAUGUACAUUUUAAAAAAAAAUUCAAUUCUACAAAUUUUACAAUUGUGAGAAUUCACAGGCCCCGACGCUCACAGUUUUUUUGUUUUUUUUAGGAUUUAUUGUCUAGAAUAUUCCGAAACUUUUUGUAUCUUCCUGGUGAAAAGGAGAAUUGCGCAGAUUCUGUUGUGACCUCACGUCCUUCGGAGUUUGUUGAGCAGAUUCCGAUCCCCCCCUCACCCUGCCCCCUGAUUUUUUAUUUUUUAUUUUAUUUUAGCUUUUAUUUAUUUUAUUUAAAUUAGGGAAGUUGCUUAAAUGGCUUAAACAGAUUGAAUCUUUUACCUGCUGGAGAAAAUGUUUUUUUAUUGUCUAAAAGUUUUUGAAUAUGAUGAUGGAGACGUCUCAUCCUCUCAACCCUUCUGCUAAUUUAUAGACUCGUUCUGCUUCUUCUUCAGUGGAUCGUUGGUUUCCUCGGGUAGCGGGGGCCCAUAGCCCCCCGGAGGACCCAAUGUAUCGUGCCUGUUGUUUUAGAUCUUUUUAUAUUAUUAUUUUAUCUUCUUUUUGUCUCAUGUUCUAAGGAUUUAGGAUGUUUUUCUCUUUUUUUUUUUUUUCUUUUUUUGUUUUCUUUACAUCGUUCCCGGAUUUUUAGUAAAUUAAUGGAUAAUUUAUUUUAUUUCCUGGUUAUUAUUGAUCUUAUUUUAUCUGUUAGAAUUUUACACAAAAAAAAACAAUGUCGGAAAAAAGUUUAUUUGAAACCCUCAACAAUCUACAAAGAAAUGUUGGAUUUUUCUUUAUACAUUGACAGAACUUUUUUUUUAGAAUUUGCCCCCGUCGACCAUUCCUUUUCCCCGGACAGAAAGACCUUUGUGCGUUUUUUUUUUUUUUUCCCCGUCUUGUUUAUUAAAUUUAUUCAUGUGUGGAAUGUAAAAAAAAAAAAAAAGUAAUGUUGUUUUUCUUUUUUUACAUUAUUUUGCGAGCGGCCUUCGGUCUGACUCGUGCGUCUGUCCCACAUAUUCGCUUGAUGCUUUAAUAGCCGUCAUGUGAAAUGUGCCGUGUGCGAACGCCGCGGACUCCGGGCUACAAAAAUACUUUGUUUAAGCUCCAGGUAGUUGCCACCAAAGCGGCCGCGUGAGGGGCCAAACAAAACACGCAGCCCCGGUUAUUCUUCUAUGGGGCUACAGAUCACGUCUUGGCCAUUCUCUGUGAUCCCUGUUUUUCUUGGCUGCGCGUUGCGAUUUCUUGCCAAAAGUUAAUUUUGUUAAGAAACUUUUGCCAGGGAGACUGGCACGUAAACAGCCGCAAACCGCGAUUUUUCCACUCACCUCUUUUUCUCUUGAAAAGAAAAACAAAAAAGUCAACGUUGACCUUCGCAUCGGCAUCUUAUCAACCCCCGGCCAGGGUCUAUAAAAGCGGAGAAAGCUGCGAUUUACACACCUUCAGUCAUAAAAAUUCGACCAUUAGGGUAAAAAAUACAUUUAUGUCGGUGUUUUUCCAACCAGGGUGCCUCCAGCUGUUGCAAAACUACAACUCCCAGCAUGCCCGGACACCCUCUAGCCCUUAGGAGACGGAAAAAACAUCCAAGUGGAGAAAACUUAUAGGGAAACAAUGGCUGGAUGAUUGAUUUCCCCUUGUGCUUAGAGCAGUGUUUCCCAACCAGGGUGCCUCCAGCUGUUUCAAAACUUCAACUACCAGCAUGCCCGGACAGUCUUUGGCUGGUUUAUUCUGACAUAAAUGUAUUUUUUUACGUAAAAUAUUAAGACACAUUGUGAAAUAAUGAUUUAAAAAAAAGUUAGAUCAGUCCAGUGAUUUCUAACCAGGAUGCCUCCAGCUGUUGCCUGGACAGUUGUAGUUUUGCAACAUCUGGAGGCACCCUGGUUGGGAAACACUCGACUAAACUAACUUUUUUUAUUAUUAUUAUUGUAAUUUCCCCUAUAUGUAUCGAAAAAUUUUUCUUAUAUGUAUCUAUAGAUAUUUUUGGGCAGUAAAGGAUAUAUUUUCGUAAAUGUAUCAAAUAGACCCCCCCCCCAAAACUUUUUUCUCCUAAAGUUACGAAGCACCACCCACCAGUAUAGUAAAUAGUUGACUAAACUUUCUGCAAAAUCGGCAACAUUGGCCACAAAUACCACCGAAGGCGGCGCAGCCCGGACACACACACACACACGUGCUGCCAUGACCACAAAGAGUUUAUUGUAACAGUGUUGUUUGGGGGAAAUUUAGACUUUAGUGCGAAAUUAAUUAAAAAGUGUGAAAAAUCUAAAAUUUUGAUCCUGGGAUCCACCCCCAAAAAAAAUUUUCAGUACAAAAUAAAACUAAGUUCUGAACAGAUGUCUGACAAGGUGCCUGCUGGUUAUGCAAAAUAUGCAAAAACUUUAUUUAAAAAAAAUUUACUUAAAGCAAAGUUUUACUUAAAGAAAUUUUAAGGAAACAAAAAAAAUGUCCGAAAAGUAAUAAAAUUCUAAGCAAAAUGUCUGACAAUGUACAACCGUUUCUGAAAAAAAAACAAAAAAUGUCAUAGCGUUUUAAGCCAAGUCUGCCGUUUUUGAAAAAUUGACAAAACUAAAAAAAAAUCCAACAUUUCGAAAGAAACUUUUUAUCUUUGCUGUUUUCUGUAACAUUUUACCUCAGAGAGACUUUAUUUUGGGGCCUGUUCUAAAAAAAAAAAAAAAAAAGGAAGGAAGGAAAAAUGCUGAAUUUUGUCUCUUGAACCUUCUUAUGUAUCUUGUUUUCCUUAUAUUAUUACACUUUAAUUAUUAUAAUUUAAUUUACGCUUUUUUUUCCUAUUAGAUUUGGGCUCUCGUUUAGGUUUUGCUGGAGUUUUUCCCUAUGUAUCAUGUUUUCCGGUCUGUAUCUGUUUCCUCCGUUCUCUGUGACAUUAUAUAUUAACCUACGGAGUGAAUAACAUUUUGUAUAUUCGAUUUACAAAAAAAAACGUCGUCAAUGUAACGGUACCGCAGAGUUGAUAAAGCUGCUGCCAUUAUGAAUUAUACAAAAAUUACUCCCUACCCCCCUCCCCUGAAUUUUAUUAUUAU